AUGCAUUCAUCGUUGAUGAGAAUCUACGCAGGAUGGCCCUUCCGAUCGGCAGCAAUCGAGAGAACAGAACUGGUGUGGGAUCCACGAGACGCCUGGAGACCAGUACCUCUGCGAGCGCCAUACCUUCUCACACUGGCCGGUCUUUUGCUGCUGACAGCAAUUGCUCUCGAGGUUUGUCGUCAGUACAAUGAUAGAAUUGGCUGGCUAGUACGCUACAAGCAUGCUAGCGAUCUUCCCACGACUGUGUCAGUUGCCUACGUCAUUGUUCCAACAGCCAUAGCGCUGGUCGUGGUGAACCUAUGGGAGUUUAGUUCCUGUGAUGUGAUGCGACUGGAACCUUAUUUUCAGCUGGCCAAGUCGCGAGGUGCCUCAGCAACAGUACUUUUCACAAACUACAGUUUCUGCUACGGAAUCUUCGCGCCUAUAACCGCCGCCCGCAACCGUCAUUGGAUUGCGCUUUGCGUGUCGCUAAUGUCUUUGGUUAUCCGGAUGCUCUUACCCUCCUUAUUUGCUGGGAUGAUAGUAAUGGGUGAGCUAAAUCUUACUGAUCCCAAGAUCAUAGAAACAUGGCCGGCCCUUGUCGAUUUGCAAACCCAAGAGGGGUGGAUGGCAGCGGAAACAUCUGGCCUCAGUGAGUCUAGCCAAGAUGCUGAGUUCCUGUCACUUCGAUCACCCCAUUACGCAGCUGCACCGGUUUCAAUGCCUGUAGAUGAUGAGAAUGAUACAUCCAUGCUGCGCCUGAACCAAACGAUAUAUUGGGCGAAUCUGACUUGUGUGGACAUGCCGCUGUAUGGGAUCGCGCCAACGACGCACUCUAUGAACUAUACGAGUUCAGAUGACGAACAGACAAUUUCAUGGAAUAUGCGCAAUAUAUCUCUUCCAACUCUUAGCGAUAGCACUGCAGGCUGCUCGAUUAAUUUCGCACUCGACAGCGUCGCCCCCACCGAUACUGAACGCUUUCAGCUUGGCUACUGGGAGCCAAGUCAACCUAGCCGGAAUUCUAAUACCACUUCUGCAUUUACUGGCAGUGGCUGCGGCUCGCCCACCUUAUACGGCGUAGUGAUUGAAGGGGAUGUUUUGAAAAACAACUCCAUCAAGCCAUCAAAGGCCGCGGCGUUUGCUUGUAUGGCUACUUAUCAUUACGCGGAAGCGGAGGUCUUUAUCGCAACAAACACAUCAAUCGUCGCAGCUCAAAUCCAACAGGACACAGUUAGCAGCCUCAGUCCAGCUGAGUUCAGUAUCGACCAGUUUGAGGAUCAAUUCCGCGUCGGGCCUCGCGCGGCAGGCAUACGAAUAAUUAACACUACCAGCUCGUCUAGCCUCUUCGACACAGGUUCCACAUCCAAGUUCAUAGCACUCGAAGAGUAUCAGAAAAAGCUGCGUAACUCAUGGAAUCACAGGUUUCUCGUCACGGUGAACAAAAUGUUCGAUCCUACACGACCUACGAAAACUCAUGCAGAACAGCAGAGUGUCUCAGUGAUCCUCCAAAUGUUGCAUGACCCAGCUAUCCAUGCGGAAAUCAUACUCUGCGUAGCUUCUCUCCUGCUCUCCUUCCUAGCCUUUGUCUACCCGCGACGACCUAACUUUCUUCGAAGCGACCCGGGGUCAAUUGCUGCGCAGUGCGCGAUUGUUGCCAAUCUAUUUAGCCCAACAAUUGCACUAGCUCGACCCGAUACAGAUUUUGAUCGAGCCACUACCCGACAGCUUCUCCAGUGGGCUAAGGGACUAUGGUGCCAAUGGAGCGGAGUGUCAAAGGAACGCAGAUUGGAAAUCGUAUCACUCGAUGGAAAUCCGGUGCCUCUUGCCACAGGUAAGUCUCGGAGAAAGAAGGAUUUUAUGCCACAUUUCCUAAGGCUACCGUUGUUCUUUAUGGAAUGUUUAUCGCUGGCUUUCGUACUCGCCUUGUUUGGGUUGGCUCUUCGAUAUCUUCGCAUGGACGACCCUAACUCCAUGACCGGGCCCCAGCUGGUCUUGUAUGUUUCCAUGCUCUUCGUCCCGACCAUAGUUGCAUCUAUGAUCAGCGCACUUCUAGCAUCAGUGCUUCGCCACCUCAGCGUCCUGGAGCCGUGGACUCAGUUACAGAAGGGACUGGCGACAGCAAAACAAUCGCUGUUAAUGGACUAUGGCUGUCAAACUUCGUUUGCAGUGCUUUGGAAAUGCGCACGCCGAGGCCCUCGCCUCCUCGUGAUCAUCUCAUUGGCAUGUAUUUUGGACCUGCUCUUGACUGUUGUGAGCGGUGGCCUUUUUGAGCCACAAGUAAGACACUACUCGACAGCUGCUUCUGGCUUAUUUGCGACGUAUAACUUGUCCACGCUUUCAAGACAAUCCCAAAGCCCGGUUCUAGACAGCUACAGUGUUAUUCCCAGCGCUAUCACACAGGACGCCCCUUUCCUGCCGUGGACUACGUCCAACCACUCACUUGUGCCAAUUCGCAUUGAUGGGCCGGAAAGCGAGCGUACUUUCUAUACGGCUUUGACACGUGGUAUUGGUGUGAAUCUCAUAUGUGAAAGCCUUCCAUCUAGCGAUUCAGGGAUUGACGGUAAUUCAACGAACCCAUACUGGCGUUAUACAACAUUCAAUAGUAGUACGGAAUCUGCAUGCUCUGUAGAGGCGCCAUGGGCAGCGUCUGAUUACCCCGAGAACUUUAUCCAUUUUAUGGCGCCCACGGGGUCCUCUGCAUCGACGGAAUGCGAGACAUCUACACUCUUGGUUAUUGCGCGCUUGGAUAAAAUAACAGGGAAAUCUCUGCACCGGGAUAGUACAUUUGCAUUGCACUGUCAGCCGACAAUCCAUAUCCAAGAUUUCCUGGUCCAGUUCGACCACUCUGGCCAAGUAGAAGAUUACGAGGCGGUGCCCGGAAGCUCGAUCACUGACGGUCCAUUGUAUCAGAAUGCAUCUGAUCUCCUGGGACAAUUUAACAUGGCGUUUACGCAGUCAAUUCAAGCCCUUCCUGCUCAUCCAAAUUCGUCAUUUUACCAGUAUGACUGGCCCGGUGUUUUGACGGCACGCACAAUUGAGAAGCUGAAUCCCAAAUCGGAUUCGGUGGACACUGCACUUCUGAUAGAUGCCGUCCAACUCACCUAUCGAACAGUCUUCAGCACCUACUUGACUCUCUGGCGAGAUUUGUAUCUUCAGCGUUUGCCCGAGUCCCAUUCCAUCACUAUCGAUGGAACAGUCACUCAGGGGGUGUGGGGUAUACUGCCAUCAACGCCGUCAAUUCUGAUAGUCAUCAUUCUUGUGUCCCUGGAUGUUGUGUUGAUGGUUGGUGUAUUCGUCACCUACCGUGGGCGAUUCAAUGGACCACGCAUUCCCAAAUCUAUUGGAUCUCUCAUCCCGUGGAUUGCACAUAGCCAGAUGAUGCGUGAUUUUAAGGGCACUCAUGCGUGGAGUGAAGUACAGCAACGGAAACAUUUGGAGGAACUCGACCGGACGUAUAGCUUGGGAACUUUUCCGUGCCCAGAUGGGAUGAGCAGGAUAGCCGUUGACUACAAGGACGACGAGCAAGCUUAUGAGUUGCAUGAUCUGGCGACGUCAGGAGCGGUACCAUCGGAAUCGACUGCUCAAGAGCCACAACACGGUUACCAGGGGGUCAGUCGUACGCCGCAGGGUGGACCUGUGGACACCAUCUGUGCGGACCGCAGAUAG